AUGGAUCAAUCGACUCUUACAUUACUUUUAACUAUUUUAGUAGGAUUUGUUCUCUUAAAAUGGUUCGCGCAAUCAGAUCAGCACCCUUCUGCGCAGCAGUUGGGAAGCGAUGGUGCAAACAGUGAAUUGGCGGGUGCGAACCAAAACAGAGCGCAUCCCACGAGACGUGGCACUGCUAGGCGCCCGAGAAGGCCUGUUAGUCCAGACAUGAUCGAGGUAGUUCAAAGCUUGGCACCUCAUUUGCACGUUGAACAGAUAAGGUAUAACCUGGAAGAAACGGGAUCAGUAGAGGUGACUGUCGAAAGGUUCCUUAGAGGUGACGAUUUCCCGUUCCCACCGGGCUAUAGGGCUUCCCCUACGGAGCCUGCUGGAGACAGAAGUGCCGGCAAUACAGACCCAAGAAAAAGAAAUAAUAUCAGGCCUGACAGCUUAUUAACGAAAUUCAAUGUGGAUCCAGAAGCAGAUUUAAGCGGAAGAGACUUCAAAGACCUCGACACCGAGGAAAGGAAGCAGUUCAUGGUGUGGCAAGCAAGAAAAAGUAUGGAGAAGAGACUCGAGACAGAUGAAAGAUUACGCGAGUUGUUGAAGUGA